GCAAUGCGCCUUUCAUUCGAGACCCGAUGCCGAUGAGCCCCAAUUCAAGGGGUGCUUACGGGCCGCGGGCCUAAAACCAUGCGCGAAGAAGAACUUGAGGUGGCCCUAAAGGUGGUUAUAGUGGGAAACGGUGGUGUUGGAAAAUCCAGCAUGAUUCAAAGGUACUGCAGAGGAACUUUCACCAAGGACUACAAGAAGACCAUCGGGGUGGAUUUUCUGGAGCGACAAAUUGACGUUGAUGGAGAGGAAGUAAGGUUGAUGUUAUGGGAUACGGCAGGUCAAGAAGAAUUCGAUGCCAUCACGAAAGCCUAUUACCGGGGAGCUCAAGCCUGCGUUUUGGCAUUCUCGACUACAGAUAGGGACUCCUUCGAAGCAGCCCAUUCCUGGAAACUCAAAGUAGAGAAUGAGUGCGGAGAAAUACCCACUGUGAUAGUUCAAAAUAAAAUAGACCUGAUGGAUCAGAGCGUCGUGAAUCCGGAGGAGGCCGAACUAUUGGCCCGAGCUCUGGGUUGCCGGCUGCUACGCACUUCCGUCAAGGAGGACGUCAACGUGGCUUCCGUUUUCCGGCAUUUGGCUUCUAGAUGUUUGGCCGAGAUGCGAGAACCUCGCGAUGAUUAUUAUUCAUCUGUAUCCCACGGACAUCAUCCUGUCACCAUAAGUGCCUUCAGUCCUAGUCACUCGGCAAAAAACCAUAACGGUACGAUAAUCUUGAGGCCAGGCAAACACAAGAAGAAGAAGAACGUGCUGAAGAACGCCUGCAGAUUGUUAUGAGUCAACAACAACAACACCACUAUUUUCUGCCGCCACCACCAAUUAUUAUUAUUAUUGUUUGUUUAUGUUGUUCUUUACGAUAAUUAUUAUUAUUAUUUGUAUGAUUUUAUUUAACCACUUUAGGGCCAACUUCAACUGCGCUUUUAUUUAUUAACACUCGACCUUCUUAGCUUCGACUACAGUUUCUUUCGCCAUGUAUAAAUACUUUUUAUUAAUCUUAAUCGAUACCACCUAUAUUUUAUUUUGUUUUCGAUGUAAAUAUAAAUACGAUCAUUGUAUAUUACUUAUACUUGCCAAUUGACGAAUAAAUUCUUUGAAAGUAACAAAAAA